UGCCAGCUCGGCCUGGAAGAACUCGUUGUCUACCUCAGUCACUGGAACACACGCGCGCCGGAGCGAGGGAGCGCGUCUGCCGCCGGCGGGCUGCGCCGUGCGGCCGGCCCGAAUCCCAUCAGUAGCUGGAUAGGGCUUCCCACCAACCCGUGGCAAGUCCUGAACGGAGCAGGCCGCACCCGAUUCCGCCGUCGGAGGGGCUCGAUCUCGCCGGUGGACCGCCUCUUCCACAACAAGGUGCGCAGCCGCCAGUCCAAGCGCGCCUCCAGAUCCAGUUCAUGGCGCACGAACUACGAGGCCGGCCGACGAAGCGACUCCGGCCGAGAGCUGUACUGGGUUCGUAAAGAAAGAACUGUCAACAUUAUAUUUCUGACUGCUGUUGAAUUGAAGUAAGUUGUGUAUAUGGUAUUAUGGUAUGACAAUUGCUAUUGUGCUAUUGUGGAAUAUUGGGGUUUUAUUGAUACCGGUGCAAAGAAACACAGCUCUGGCAAGAAAUUUGUGUGAGAAGUAGAAGAAAAAAAACAGAGCAAUUUCAAUCACCUGUGCAAAAUAGCCAUUAGAACCUCAAAAUCUACUUGAUCUAUAUGAUUUCUAGAUACUCUUAUUUGUAUUUUCUGGAAAGAUUAUUGUUAUGCAAAGUCCCCAGUCCGUUUGCUCGUGUCUUCAGCAAGAAGAUUGUUGGUUGUCUUAGAUCUCGGUGGAUUGCAGUGGUUGCCAGUGGUGAAGAUAUUCUAUCUGCAGCAACCCACAUGCUCAAGGCAAGGCUCACUAUGUUGUUUCCAGACUAGCUUGGGUGAUAGGACUUAUUCUUGUGGUCCAUAACCGAUAGGUACCGCUAAAUUUCUCCACCAGUUGAGUAACCAAACAGAUGGCGAUAUGUCAUUUUCUUCGUCGGUUUAGCCAUCCAAUCGAUGGCGACACUCUAACCACUAUACACAAAAUUAAUUACGGUAGGUUUCAUUGCCCAUAUCAAGAUCCAGUCAUGCCUUCCCCAAACAGCGCAGCAAGCUCCAUUGCUAACAGAGUUUAUUUAAUGACAUGAUUCGACAUCUGCAUAGGCAAUUCCCGUUUGUGCUCCGUUGACCACCAACAGGGCUCAGCCCAAGUCUCCGCAAGUAUGCAGUUCCGUGUUUCGAGCAUGCCGGGAGGCUAAGACAUAGCCAUGUGACUCUGCCAUAUCUUCCAAAGCUAUUUAUAAAGAAAGGGAACACUUUAGGGUAGGUUCCACUGCAUAUAUAUCACGCUAGCUUUAUUUGGUCAUUUCUUCCCCAACCAGCGCACUCCAUUGCUAAGAGGGUUUGUUUCAUCACAUCAUUGGAGCUCUGCAUACACAGUUCCCAGUUUGUGCCCCGUUGACCACCUACAGGGCUCAGCCCAAUUCUCCUCUAGCGCACUGUGUACUUAGGAUGGACGACUCGGACAUGGAACAUGACCUACUGGAGCAUAUACUUGACGGAAGCAUGAAACCAAGGGAUCUACCGUUGUCACUUCUGAAGAACAUUACAGGCAAUUUCUCCGAAAAGAGGAAAAUUGGUGAGGGUGGAUUCGGAAUAGUCUACAGGGGUGCCCUCCCAAAUGCGGAAGUUGCUGUGAAGAGGAUUAUUAAGAACGUCCAGACAAAUGAUGAGAACCUAUUUCGUCGGGAAGUUGACAGCAUGAUGGAGGUCAACCAUCAAAAUAUAGUUCGGUUUAUUGGCUUUUGUUCUAAUACAGAGCAUAAAAGGAUCCAACAUGGAGUACCAGGAGGAUACAUUUACGCUGAGGCUAGAGAGCGAAUACUGUGUUUCGAGUACAUCAGCAAUGGCAGCUUAGAUAAAUAUAUAACAGAUGAAUUAAGAGGACUUGAGUGGGAUACACGCUAUAAUAUAAUCAAAGGAAUAUGUGACGGUUUGGAAUAUCUUCACAUGAAAAAGCAUAUCAUUCAUAUGGACUUGAAACCGGCUAAUGUUCUAUUGGAUAAUCAUAUGGUGGCCAAAAUUACUGACUUUGGUCUAGCAAGAAUGGACGGGAAUUCACACACUACAAACCAGGUUUUCACACUGGGAUAUUGUGCUCCAGAAUACCUACUUGGUGGGAGGAUGUCAGUCAAAUCUGAUGUGUAUAGUUUAGGGGUCAUAAUCAUCGAACUCGUGAUGGGACGUAGGGGCACUCCAGACAUCAAUAAUGUACUUAGAAGAUGGAGGCACAGAUGGGGUAAAUCAGCGAAUGGAACACCAUUCAGAUACCAACAAAUAGCUAAAUUGGUUGAGAUAGGAUUAUGCUGCCAGGAAGAUGACCUCUAUAAGAGGCCUUUUAUAUCAGAGAUAAUCCGUGAUAUUAAAGAACUGGAAAGCACGGAUAGGGAAAUCAGUAACACGAACGAAUCAGGGAAGAUAAGCCCAUACUGGGAGGAUGACAUGCUUGGGGUGAAGCCACUCGAGCUACGUUUUCCAUUUGUGCUUAACAAGGAGAUAUCAUGCACACUUGAGGUAACCAACGGGACAAAUUCUUAUAUUGCCUUCAACAUAGAAACGAUGAGCCCCCUGCCAUACUGCAUAAAGGCAAACAAAGUCAUUGUGCCACCACAAUCCAAGUGUAGUGUCAACAUAACAUUGCAACCACUAGACAAGGUACCAGAAGGUAAGCAGUACUCUGACAAUUUCAUCAUCCGAAGCACCAAAGUCAGCGAGUGUCUUACAUCUGAGGAUAUAACUGAAGAUAUGUUCAAUUUGGAGGAGGGUAAAGUGGUUGAUGAGGUGACUCUCACGGUUGUACAUGAUGAGCCUUUCGAGCCCCAUGUGGAUCUUCCGCUCGAGUCGCUAACAAUUUCAGGUACAAAAAAUCUGAACAGUACAGAGAAAUCCAAUGUGCCAUCAGCAGAGACUGAAUCGACGAUAAGUUCAUCUUUCUCAAACGGCCUGAUCCGGUUUGAUCCCCCAGAACUCUGCUUCCCCUUGUUGUCAAACAAGACAGUGCUCUCCUCAGUUAAGAUAGUUAACAUUACAGAUUGCUAUGUCGGUUUCAAUACAUAUUUCCUGGAAAGAAACGUGGCGUUGUACACCACAUCUUAUGGAAUCGUGCCACCACGGUCCACUCAAGUACUUACCGUAAGAGGGAACUUAAGGGAGGAUGCACUAAUAGACAUGCAGUUCAAUGACAAGUAUUUUGUGUGGAAUGGUAUUAUGGCCGAAGAUGUGAGACAUGAUAUCGACCUUAGUGAUUACAUGGAUAGUGAAGAGAGCGAGGAGUUGCCAAUCGUUCUUACGGAGAUGACCCCAUGUACCUCAAAUGAUCUGAUCCAGUUUGAUCCACCUGAGCUCAGAAUCCCCUGCUGGCCAAACAAGGCUUCAAUGGCAUGGCUUAACAUAGAAAAUAUUACAGAUUACUAUGUUGGUUUCAUUGCAUCUUUGUUGACUCUAGAAACUACAUCUUCGUUGACAAGAAAUGUGGUCCCAAGAUCGGGUCGAGGAAUUCUACCACCACGGUCCACUCAAAGAAUCCUUAUAAAAAGGGUAGCAAAGAAAAAAGAAACAGAAAUAGAAGAUAUGAAGUGGGAGAACAAGUUCUUUGUGUGGAACAUGAUUGUGGCUGAAGGUGUCGCAGCUGACAACCUCAUUCCUUUCAUCACUGAAGAAGUGCCUAAGGAGUUGCCCAUAAAUCUUCAGAAGAUAAGCCCAUGUGCUUCAGACGAGCUGAUCCGAUUUGAUCCUCCUGAACUCUGCUUCCCAUUCUUGCCCAACAAGACAUCGCUGUCCUCGGUUAAUAUGGUCAACAUGACAGAUUACUCCAUCUAUUUUAAGAACUAUGUCUGGAAAAAAAAUAAGGCGUGGUACGACACAGAACCAAGAAAUGGAAUUGUGCCACCACGGUCUACUCAAAGACUUGUGGUGAAAAGAGAAACAAUGGAGAAUGAACUAGAAGAUAGCGAGAGCAAAGACAAGUGCUUCCUGCACAAUUUCAUUCUUACUCAAGAUGUCAAAGCCAGUGAUCUCCUUUUGUUGAAUGAAGAAGGUACGGAGUUGCCCAUUGACAACCUCUGUGAUUGCGUUGUGGAGAAUAAAGAUGGUACAGAGUUUCCCGUCUACCACAGCCGUACUUGUCAUGUUGCCAACGAAGAGAUUACAGAGUUGCCCAUUGUUCUUGCCAAGAUAAAUCCAUCUACCUCAAAUGAGCUGAUACAGAUUGUACCCCCCGAGUUAUGCUUCCCCUUCUCGCCAAAAAAGAAUCUGUUGUCUUUAAUAAAGAUUGUCAACAUUACAGAUUACUACAUCGGUUUCAAUACAUUUGGAAAGGAAAAUAAUGCGGCAUUGUACAACACCGAGCCACCGUGUGGAAUCCUGUCCCCACAGUCCACACAAGAACUUGUGGUAACAAGGAUACAAAAGGGAGAUGCACUCGAAGAAACGCAGUGCAAAGACAAGUACAUUGUGUGGAGCAGCUUUGUGAAUGAAGGUGUUAACACUGUCGACCUGAAAGGAUGCACAUCUGAGAAGGAGAGUAAAGAGUUACCAAUAGUUUUCAUGGAGACAAACUCAAAUGAGUUGAUUCAGUUUGAUCCUCCUGAGCUCUUUCUCCCCUUGGUUCCAAACAAGAGUGUGUUGUCCUCAGUGAACAUAGUCAACCGUACAGAUCACUUCAUCGGUUUCAGUAUAUGCACCAAGAAAAGCAAUUCAGCAAAGUAUUUCACAAAUCCGUCAGAAGGAAUUCUGCCACCACGGUCCACACAAUUACUUAUGGUAACAAGCAUAACAGAGGAAAAGGAACUGACAGACAUGCAUUGCAAAGACAAAUAUAUGGUCUGGAACGGCAUUGUGAGUGAAGAUGUCAAUGAUGUCAUUGAUAGCAUGUCUGAGAUAAAGAUUACCGAGUUGCCCAUUGUUCUUACAGAGACAAGUUCACCGGCCUCAUACGAGCUGAUCCAUUUUGAUCCACCCGAACUUUUCUUCCCCAUCUUACCAAACAAGAAGGUGCUGUCCUCAAUUAAGAUAGUCAACAUUACAGAUUACAAUGUUGGUUUCAAUACAUAUAGCAGGCCAACAAAUGCGGCAUGGUGUCACACAGAGCCAGCAAGAGGAAUCCUGCCACCACAGUCCACACAAAAACUUAUGGUAACAAGGGAACGAAAGGAAGAGGCAUCAGAACAUAUGCAGGUCAAUGACAAGUACUUUGUGUGGAACAGCAUUGUGACCGAAGGUGUCAAAGACAGCGACCUUGGUGAUUAUAUGGUUGAAAAAGAGAGCAAGGAGUUGCCUAUUGUCCUUAGCAAGAUAAGCUCAUUAACCUCAAAUGAGUUGAUCCAAUUUGAUCCCGCUGAGCUCCACUUCCCCUUUUCGCCGCAGGAGAUAUUUCCGUUCACAUUUGAUAUAAUCAACAUUACAGAUUUCAAUGUUGCUUUCACUGUAUAUAGCGUGGUAAAGAAUGCAGCAAGACGUAAAGAAUCAUUUAUGGAAGGAAUUCUGCCACCAAGAUCCACUAGAGAAAGCACGAUGGUAUGGCAAUUGAAGGAAAUGGGACCAGGAGGCAAGGAGUACGAGUUAGAAGACAAGAUAUUUUUUUGGAGCCGUCUUGUGACUGAAGGUGUCGAAGCUAGAGACAUCAUUGGUUAUAUGAGUGAGGAAGAGAGUAAAGAAUUGCCCAUUUUUUUUCACAAGGAAAGUAGUCCAUGUGCCUCAAAUGAGCUGAUCCAAUUUGACCCGCCUGAGCUCAACUUCCACGUCCUGCCAAACAAGGUGUGCGUGUUCUCAGUUAAUGUAGUCAACAGUACAGAUUACUACGUGGCUUUUAGUACAGGUUUGCCAAACAGCAAAGUGGCCUGGUAUGUAAAACCGUCUGAAAGGAUUAUGCCACCAAAGACCACUCAAAGACUUGUUCUAAAAAGGACAGCAAAGGAAAAGGAACUAGGAGACAUGCAGUGCCAAGACAAGUUGUUUUUGUGUAACAGGAUUGUGAGCGAAGAUGCUGAACCAAGUGACAUCAUUGGUGACAUGGAUGGGGAUUUGACCACUUUUAGUAAGGAAUUGCGCAUUGUUCUUCACAUGCAUUAUUUUCCCUUUUUCUCGCAGACAAACUUAUGCACCUCAGACGAGUUAAUCCAGUUUGAUCCUCCCCAACUACGCUACCCCUUCUUUCCAAACAAGAAGGCACCCAUGGUGUGCUUACUUAAAAUAGUCAAUGUUACAGAUUAUUGUGUGGGUUUCCAUAUAUUGGCCCACCAUGGCAAUUCGGCGAGCUACACUGCAAAUACACCGGUAGGAAUCCUACCACCACGGUCCACACAGGAAAUAAGAGUAAAAAGGAUAUCAAAGGAAAGAGAGUCGGGAGACAUGCUGUGCAAAGACAUGGUUAGUGCGUGGAAUGGAAUUGUGACUGAAAGUAUCAAAGUUAGCGACAUCAAUCAUUUCAACGAUCUUGCAGAGAGCAAGGAGUUGCCCAUUGUUUUUACAAAGCCUGGAGAAAGCAGUUCGAUGUAGGCUCGACUUGGUCGAAUUUUAAGAUGUAAAGGCUUGAGAAGGGUAGCUUGUUUCUUAAUGCUACUUCUCUACUUGUCUAACAACACUAUUUCUCUGCGAUACUAGAUUUUAUAAGCACACUAAAGUGUAAUGCCCAGGCGGAUCUCGAUCUAGAAUUGGGGUGAGGAAGGAGAAAGC